GGAUGAAGGGGGGAGAUAAGCAAGGCGCACAGCACAGUGCAGCGUUUCCGUCCAGCGCAGGGCUGAAGGAGUGUGAGUGGAGAGCAGAGCUCAGUUGAAGAUGGUGUUGUUGACGAUGAUUGCCCGGGUCGCGGAUGGACUCCCGCUCGCCGCAUCCAUGCAGGAGGACGAACAGGGAAGAGAGCAGUCUGGACGGGACCUGCAGCAGUAUCAAAGCCAGGCCAAGCAGCUCUUCAGGAAGCUGAAUGAACAGUCGCCCCCGCGAUGCACGCUGGAGGCAGGGGCCAUGUCUUUCCACUACGUCAUCGAGAAGGGGGUGUGCUACCUGGUCCUGUGUGAGGCGGGGUUCUCCAAGAAGCUGGCGUUUGCCUACCUGGAGGAUUUACAAUCAGAGUUCGAUGAGCAGCAUGGGAAGAGAGUGCCCACAGUAUCCAGACCGUACUCCUUUAUUGAGUUCGACACGUACAUUCAGAAGACCAAGAAGUCGUACAUUGACAGCAGAGCCCGACGCAACCUGGGGAACAUCAACACAGAGCUGCAGGAUGUGCAGAGAAUCAUGGUGGCCAACAUUGAGGAGGUGCUGCAGAGAGGAGAGGCGCUGUCAGCUUUGGACUCCAAGGCCAGCAACCUGUCCAGCCUGUCGAAGAAAUACCGGAGUGACGGCACAGCCACGCAGAGUCCCAGACGCCACACCUGCACUCUAUGCAGGGCUGGAUGCAGUGCGGCUCAGCUGCCCCCCCCCCCCAAUAUCCCAUCCCAUCCCAUCCCAUCCCAUCUCGAGAGGCUCCUGUGAGCAGCUGGGCUCUUUGGUUGCCUUCAUGUUUGCAGAUCUGCAGAGAAGAAACCAAAGAGUUCUGUGCCAAAGUACAGCCUGCCCUCUUCAACCCAAAACCACAGAGUGCUUUUACCAGCAGAGGCUUUGAGAAACGCUGCUUCCUGAACAACAGCCCCGCCCUGGUGAGAUCUGCAGCCACAGCUUCAGGCUCAGCAUGCAUGUAUUUACUUCUGUCUUUCUUUAAGUCAAAAGCGCAGACUUUAAAAAAUAUAUAUUUAAAGAAGUUACAUUAUUAAAAAAAAUAAAUAAAUUUGAAUUUGAACUGCAUUCUGUC